GAGACCUGACAGUUUUAGAGUAAGCAUUUGGGAGGGGUGCAGGAGAGUUCCGUGUGCCUUCUGGGGCCUUUUCCCCUCUCCCGGGGAUGCAAUGUGCCUGCCCCUCUCCCGCGAGUGCAGGGUGACUGUUGAGAAACACACCUAGUGCAGGUAUCUCGGUAUGUAAAUUACCAGUGCGAGCUGCACAUUGUGUUCUGCACGGCAGGAAAAGGCUGGAGCCCCAGGCAAGAGCCCGCAAUGGGCGCCCACCCUUUGCCUAACAAAGGACACUUCCCAGAGUGGGGGUCAAUCACCCAGAGCCUCUGCAGGAGCCAGUGAACAACGGGAAGAGAGUAAAAUCACCACUGGCGUACAUGGGUGCACAUACUGUAAGGGUCUGAAACCUCGGGGAUGCCUUUGUCGGGGGUCCCUCCCAGAGGCACCAGCUCCAGCUCUUCCCAUUGCUGUAACCGUCAAUUACGACAUCACUUUUUCCUGAACACGGAUGACUGACGCUGCUGCGUGGGGAAAAGCGGAGCAGAAAAAAAAAAUUUAAGAACCGUCCCCCCUCCCCGCCUUGGGGCAGCCAGAACCUGCGUCGUGUGCCAGGAAAGGGAAAGUGAAAGCUGGAGCCGCUUUCGGUUUCGCCGCCGGGCCGCGAUGGCGGAGCCGGGGUCGCCCAUGCGGCUGAAGGAGUGGCUGAUCGCGCAGAUCGACAGCGGCCGGUACCCGGGGCUGCGCUGGGAGAACCGGCACCGAACGCUCUUCCGCAUCCCCUGGAAGCACGCCGCCAAGCAGGACUACCGGCAGCAGGAGGAUGCUGCGCUCUUCAAGGCUUGGGCCAUCUACAAGGGGAAGUACCACGAAGGGACGGACAAGGCCGACCCCUCCACCUGGAAAACGCGGCUGCGCUGCGCUCUCAACAAGAGCACCGACUUCCAGGAGGUACCCGAGCGGAGCCAGCUGGACAUCUCCGAGCCUUACAAGGUGUACCAGAUCGUGACCGAGAGAGCCUGUGGUGCAGAGGACAAUGACACACAGUCCCCAGGCAGUGAGGACCAGCAGGGCAGCAUUCCAAGGAGUCCAAAGAAGGAGGAAAGCCAGGACAUGCUGGAGAGUGUCCACAGCCCAUGGAGACAUGCCUACGUGUCUCCACAGCACCGGGUCUCUGGUCACCCAACUGAUCAAGGUGAGGAGGGUCCCUCUUGGUGGGAUGGGGUGGGGGCAGGGAGUGCACUCUUUUGCCAGGAUCCUGCUCUCCUGUCACUCAUGCAGACAGCACUUAGCAAAGCCAUACACUUAGGGGAUAUGAUGAGACCCAGUAAUGAGCCAACACGGUGGGACAUGUGGGCCCAGGGUCUUGGGCCAGGAGAGUGCCUGGGAGCCCUUGGGGUAACUGUCCAUGUCCUUUUACCACCUCAUCUCUGCCCUGGUCCAGGGUGCCUUGUGAGGGGAGUCUUCUAUGGCUGGAGCCCAAUCCAUGGCCAGCUUCUGCCCGGACCCCAGUCCUACCUCCCUGUGGAGGAUGUCAACAAUUCAGACUGCUGGCUCCACAUCCGCCUGUACUACUGCGAUGUGCUGGUGAAGGAGGUGACCACCCGCACGGCCGAGGGCUGCCGCAUCACCACCAGCAUCGUGCCGGCCGACAGCGAGCACCUCUACGGUCCCUCCUGCAUGGAGCAGAUAAAAUUCCCCCCGCCACAGGUGCUCAGCAGCCAUGGCCAUGUGGCCUGCAUGACUGAUGUGCUGGAGCGGCUCUUGCCCCACCUGGAGCGUGGGGUGCUGCUGUGGGUAGCACCUGAGGGGGUCUUCAUGAAGCGCCAGUGCCAGGGCAGGGUGUACUGGAACGGGCCAUUGGCCCCACACAAGAACUGGCCCAACAAGCUGGAGAGGGAGAAGACCUACAAGCUGCUGGACACCCAGCAGUACAUACAGCAGGUGCGGGAGUACCUGAGCAACGGGCAGCUCCUGCCUCAGUACCAGAUCUACCUGUGCUUUGGGGAGGAAUACCCCACCAGAGAUGAGCAUCCCUUCCAGAAGCUCAUCAUGGCUCACGUGGAGCCAGUGUUCGCUCGGGAGCUCUUCCAUCACGCCCAGCGCUUGAGGCCGACACUGCUCUGCAAUUCCCCCCAGCCCUGUUCCCCUGGCACCUCCAGCCAUGUUCUCCAUGUCCUCAAACAGCUCUGCCAGCCCUGAACUGGGUGGGAGAGGUGACCCCAGUUGCCAGAGUGGGAGGCUCUGAGCCCCAUGGCUGCAUUCCAGCUGCAUGUCCCAAGGCAGGGUGCUCAAUGUAUGGGACCAGACAAGGACAGAUGUUAGCUGGGUGGGCAGGUGUUGCUGCCCCUGUGAUUGCUGUAUUUAUUGCCCAGGAGUCUGUCAGGUGGGGUUUGUUAUGUGCCUAUUCAGCAAUCCAGGGCAGACCUGGCCCUGUCCUUGCAACUUGUGCUGCCAGGACUCGUUGUUACAAACCUUAGAAAUAAAGGUUGUGUUUUCA